AUGAUGUUACUCACUAUCUUCUUCUGCUUCCUCCUGCUCAUUGGUACUUCUCUUUCCACUCAGGACGCCACAAGCUCUCCCAUCGGCAGUCUCAUCGCUCACCUGAAGCUGGAACACUCUACAAUCGACGAAGAGAUCACAUACAAUUGCAAGACCACAGACAAUUCCCCCAUUGUCGGUGAUGUUCUUAGAGCUGUUCUUAUGCUCUACGACCGGGGUAGCGGCGUCCAAUGUAGGCAGUAUAGUCUCACUGGAUCGAAGUGUACGAAGUUGGUGACUUCAGGGAAUGCUGGAAUACAGAUAUGCGGUGACGUGGAUCAGUGGCUUCAGUGCCGCAGAGUUGGGGUGGCAUCGAUUGACUUCAUUGGUACGUGUGAGGGUCUUAUCGAUGGUAGAUAG